AUAAAAUAAAAAUAAAAUAAAGGAACAAAAAGAGGAGAAGCAGCCACGGAAGAGAGGAGAGUGAAAUGAAGUCUCUGCCUUUAGCUCAUCCUCUUCUUCCUCUCAAUACUUUCUCUCCCAAAUUACAUAACCGCAUAAACCCUAAUAAUAAACCUUUUACGUUUCGAGUCUUCUCUUCUUCUUCUUCGUCUACAUCAGAACCAGUAAGACACGAAUACAAAGCAGGAGCGUUUGAUGAGCUCUUCCUCAACGUCUUCCGUACAAAAAUGGUGGAGGAGGUUGGGUGGGACUCGGAUAAGCCUGGAUACGAGGGACUUAUCGAAGUGGCGAAUCGUCUAGUGAUGAAGAACAAGACCAAUUCAGACACUAAAGAAGCCGCCGUUCGGAUUCUGAGAUCGCUAUUUCCGCCAUUGUUGUUGGACCUUUAUAAAUUGCUUGUGUCACCCUUGGCUCAGGGCAGAGUUGCAGCUGUCAUGGUCGCAAGGGUGACUGCCCUCACUUGUCAGUGGCUCAUGGGACGAUGUAAUGUCAAUUCUGUGGAUUUAGGCGAUGGAAGCUCUUGCAACAGUGGCGUGUUUGUGGAGAAAUGCAAGUAUUUGGAGGAAAGCAAAUGUGUUGGGAUUUGUAUCAAUACCUGUAAGCUUCCCACACAGACUUUCUUUAAGGAUUACAUGGGUGUUCCUCUUCUGAUGGAGCCAAACUUCAGUGAUUAUAGCUGCCAGUUUAAAUUUGGUGUACAUCCUCCACUGGCCGAAGAUGAUGCCAUUUUAAAGGAGCCUUGUUUGGAGAUAUGCCCUAAUGCCACCAGAAGAAGAGAACUUGCCAUAAAUUCUGACCAAUGCCCUAAGGCUUCGUAAAUUUACUUCAUUAUGACACCAGACCCCAUAACAAGUUGCACAUAAUUCUAGCUUUCAUAAAUGAAAAAUGUAACACUAAAUUUAAAAUCGUGUAUCUAUAUAAGUAUAUUGUUUUUUGUAUACUGUGUACCCAAGCAAAACAAUAAUAGAGAUUUGUAAACAAAA